ACUCACUCAAUUUUUUAUUCUCUUCCUCUUUUUCUCUCUCUCUCUCUCUCUUUUAUAUAUAUAUAGUUCAAUCAUCAUUAUGCGUACACCUGAAUUGAAAGCUGUAGAUCAAUUUCCGGAUGGAUUCUUUUUUAUGCGGUGUAAAGAAAAACCUAUGGCGGUGGAUGUUAAUGGUGGUGCUAUGACUAAUGAUGCAACUAUGAUUAUAUGGCCUCAGAAAUUAAUAGACAGUAUUAAUCAGUUAUGGAUGCAUGAAGAUGGAUUUCUUAUCAACAAAAAAUCUGGAUUAGUGAUUGAUAUUCGUGGUGGAGAUAUCAAAAAGGACAAAGUAUUGAUUCAAUAUGCUCGGAAACCUGGAUUGGCUCAUAAUCAAAGAUGGAAAUAUCAAGAUGGAUUCAUUUUCCCUCAAGCUGCUCCUCAUUUGGUCAUUGAUAUUCGUGGUGGCGAUUUCAAAGAAACAAAUGUCCUCUUCUUGAACACUAAAGAUAUCAAUAGUAAAACUCAACAAUGGUACAUCCAACCCUUUGAAAACGAAAAAUCUCAAGAUGAAUUGGCUUUAUUACGACCAUCACCAAAUUUACGUACUUCUUCAUUUCCACGACCUGAAGAGUUAUGUGAUAGUUAUAGAAUAGUUUAUAUUGAAAACAAGCAAGAUCCAUUGGAAAAUGAAAUGGCAGGAGCAGCAGCAUUCAAAGCUAUCAAGACUUAUAUUGCUCAGCAAAAAGAAAAACAACAACCUAUUUUGACCCCUAGUGCACGCGAUUCCAUUCAACAAUUAGCUAAAACUGAAGUACUAUCUUUAUCUCAUGGCCAACAAGACACUCGUGGUUUGAUUCAAGCGGCUGAACAAGCGGCUUUGAGUUACUUUGCUCGCGAAUACGAAGAAUAAACAUUUCUUUUUGGAUUUGAUCUUGUAGUUUAGUUUUUGUUGUAUAUAUAUAUAGUAGAUUCUUUUUAUCUCAAUAAAUCUUUUUUUUUUUUAUGAAA